CCGGGGAGCGCCCUCAUAACCCCGGCUGGCCGCGGUUUGCAGCCGCUGCCCUUAGAAAUCCUCCUGCAGCCAAGGGGAGAGGAAGAUUUGUUGAUUGGGGAUUUUUUGCUGUGUUUUUUUUCAGGGCAGCUUCAAAAUUAGGACUUGUCUACAGUCCCAGAGUGAAAAAGAUUUCCAUCUAUGAUGAUGACAGAAGAGCAUACGUGGUUACAAAUACAGCGUGAACUCAGUUUGAGGAAACUAACAGAGGAUUCAGAGUAUCAAGAGGAACUAAAAUAUGACUUCAAUAUAAAAGGAGAACUGAGGCACCUAGAUACAAAUGAGUGCUUUGUUUUCAAUUACUACAAGAAUGGACAUGAGCAGAAUCACAAACGCUACGAAGUUCUGGGACAUUCUAUUACCCAGUACGUUUAUGAGCUCCUGGAAAGAGUCUGCAUGCUGCAGAAGGUUUAUAUUCCUACUGACGCUACAGAGGGUGAACCAAGAAGCUUCUUUUUCAUGAGCAAGGAUGCAUUAACAAGUUCCUCUACCCUAAUUAUCUUUCUUCAAGACCAAGGAGGUUUUUGUGCUGGACAGUGGGGGCGACGGGCAAUUGUCAGUGAGGGCCUGAAACACGGAACACAAAUACCAUUCAUCAAAAUGGCCCUGCAGAGCCACUGGGAAGUGAUUGUACUGAACCCCAAUGACAACUUCACUGACCUGAACACUGAAAAGGAGAGAUUUUCUGCUAGGGAAGAAGGGCUUACUUUUACACAGUCUGUCUGCUGGAUCCCCAAAAGGGGCAGCAGCAGCCCUGAGGAGCAUACCAUGUAUGUAUGGGAUCAUUUCAUUGCAAAGAGUGCAGCCAGGAAUGUGGCCUUCAUUGCCCAUGGCUAUGGUGGGUUGGUGUUUGUUGAUCUGCUGGUGCAGAGGAAACGCGAGGUGAUGAAUAAAGUGUACUCUGUGGCGUUCAUCGACUCCACGCACAACAUGCAGCACCAGAGCAGACAUGAUCCAGAAAUACAGGAAUGGAUACACAAAAACUGCCGAGAAUGGGUGUCAAACAGUAAACCCCUAAAUAAAACUGUGCACUUUCUCAUGAGAGUAAAUUGUCCUACUUUCUCUGCUGGAACAGAAAAGUAUGGUUUAGCACCUUCCUGCUGCUUACAACCCAUCUUUAAGUACCUGAAGGGCAUGCUGAAAGCCAAGAUCACAACAGCCUUGAGGAAUUCGCCUGUUGCAACCAGAAGCAGCACAAGAAAGAAGAGAAGCAAUACGUAAAGAUACACUGGUUUGUUCUUGAUAGUGGUCUCUUCCUUUCAUGGGUGCCUCUGCACCCUUCUGUCACUUAAGCACUUUCAGCUCACUAUGGAGAAAUUCAGUUCUAAGUUUGAAACUAUGUUUGGUUUUGAGAAGAAAAACACAAAAGUUAACCAUUAGGAAAGAUACGCAUUGUUGAAAGCCUUAAGCCACAACCCUUUAGCUAGCUGUGAAAUUUAAAGUUGAAUUAAAGAUGUUAAGGUAUACCAACUCUCAUCUAUCAUUUUUUUUAUAAUAAACAUUAUAUAGUUUUCACUCUAUAAUCAGACUAAACUAUCAGGAAAACAUUUGCUUAAG